AUGGAGCCAGGCGCCCCAGCUCCCGUUCUCGAUCAGCAUGGAACGCUCAACACAUACACAAACAAGAAGCAUUAUGUGGUGAUUGAUACCAAUGUUGUUCUGCAUCAGAUGGAUGUACUGGAGUCGCCUGUCUUUACGAAUGUCAUUGUCAUGCAAACAGUAGCGAAUGAAGUGCGGAAUCAUAGUAUGCCGCUGUAUAACCGACUGCGCACAUUGCUUAUGGAUCCAGACCGUCGUUUCUGGCUCUUCUACAAUGACUUCCAUCAAGACACGAAUGUAGUCCGAGAGUCGGACGAGACACCCAACGACCGCAACGACCGCGCGAUCCGCCAGGCCGCAGCCUUUUACUCGGCACAUCUACGCACGUAUGCACUGCCAGGGUGUGUGGAUACGACGGUGCUGGUGAGUGAGGAUGUUGAGAACGUGCACAAAGCUCGCAAAGAUGGCUUGCUCGCGUGCAGUGUGCGCGAGUACAUAACUGGCUUCAGUAAUGCUGAGCAAUUAAGUGAUCUGCUGUCGGCCCGCACACUUGACGAUGAUUCGCAUACGCAGCCACGCGGAACUCGCAUAUUUGACGAGUACUGGCCAGCAUCGCAGCUGGAAGCGGGAUUCAAAGCGGGCACGCUGCACAAGGGUUUCUUCAAUGCCAAUGCAUACAAUUUCCUGGAAGGGACUGUUCGUUCAGACUCACUUUCGAAGCCGAUUUUGCUCCAGGGCCGGGACUCGAUGAACCGCGCGGUAGAUGGCGAUGUUGUCUAUGUGGCACUCCUCCCGAAGAGCGAAUGGAAGGGGGCUUCAGAUGAAGUGUUGGAGGCGGAGUCGACGCAGCGGAAUGAUGAUGCGCGCGAUAGUGAUGACGAGGGUGAUGAGGAUACUCCGCAGGAUACCCCCGUCACGCAUGGAAGCGGCACGGAGCGACAGCCGAUGGGCCGGGUUGUUGGAAUUGCGCGACGGAACUGGCGGUCGUAUGUGGCGCAUAUCGAUGCAAGCACUGUGAACGAAGGUGCACUCGCCACACUCGGUCCACAGACCCUGUUUGCCUCGCCGGUAGACCGCAAGAUACCCCGCAUCAAAAUACGUACGCGGCAAGCUGGAGCAUUGAUAGGCUGCAAGAUCUUGGUCGCGAUGGACGAGUGGAAGAGCACGUCUCGGUAUCCCGAAGGCCACUUUAUCCGCUCACUCGGAGCCAUUGAAAGCAAGGAGGCAGAGCAGGAGAGUCUGCUCCUCGAAUUUGACGUGCCGUACCGCCCAUUCAGCAAGGCCAUUCUCGCAUGUCUCCCAGCGGAAGGCGACGCAUGGACUGUGCCGCCGAAAGAUGCUGCCUUGGAGGGGGAGACUCGUGCCGCGAAGAUCUGGCAGAAUCGCGUCGAUCUACGUGCUGAGACGAUCUGCAGUAUCGACCCACCAGGCUGCCAGGACAUUGACGACGCAUUGCAUGCAAAGCGCCUUCCCAAUGGCAACAUCGAGGCAGGUGUCCAUAUUGCUGACGUGUCGUUCUUUGUGCGGCCUGAUACGCCGAUGGAUGCGGAAGCAGCAUCCCGAGGCACCACUGUGUACCUGGUUGACCGGCGUAUCGACAUGCUGCCACACCUUCUCGGCACGAAUUUAUGCUCGCUGCGCCCGUAUGUCGAGCGCCUUGCAUUUAGUGUGGUAUGGGAAAUGACGCCAGAUGCGCAAGUCGUGCAAGCACGUUUCUUCAAGUCUGUCAUUGCCAGCAAGGCCGCGUUCACGUAUAAAGAGGCUCAGACGCGCAAGGAUGACAUGAAGCAGACCGACACAAUCACAGAAAGCAUUCGAUUGCUGAACCAUCUGGCGAUCAAGCUGCGUGAGGCGCGCAUGAGUGCGGGCGCUUUGAAUCUCGCAAGUCCUGAAGUUCGUAUCCAUCUAGAGAGUGCCGAAUCGUCCGCCCCUAUCGACGUGGAGCAGAAGGAGGUACUUGAGACGAACAGUUUGGUGGAAGAAUUCAUGCUUCUCGCAAAUACAAGCGUCGCACGACGCAUCUACGAAGCGUAUCCUACGACGGCCGUGCUGCGUCGACACGUGCCGCCGCCCGCUGAUAACUUCGAGACCCUUCAAGACAUUCUAAAGAAGCGGCGCAACAUGGACUUGGAUGUAUCGUCGUCGGGAGCGCUGGCGGCAUCACUGGACAAGUGCAUAGAUAAGAGGGAUCCAGCCUUCAAUACACUUGUGCGAAUCCUCGCGACGCGGUGUAUGUUGUCUGCCGAAUACUUCUGUACGGGGAGCGUUCCACGCAAUGCAUUUGGCCAUUACGGUCUCGCUAUGGAUAUGUACACGCACUUUACGUCGCCUAUUCGACGGUACGCCGAUGUUCUUGCCCAUCGUCAGCUGGCUGCAGCCAUCCAGUACGAGCCGCUGCCUUCCAAUCUGUACAGCAAACACUAUGUGGACCAGGUGAUGGACAACGUGAAUAAACGGCACCGACUCGCUCAGAUGGCGGGUCGUGCCUCUGUGGAGUUCUUUGUGGGCUUGGCCAUCGGUGCAAAGAACGCUGAACGAGGCGCUGAUGCGACGCUUGUCGGUCAGGGGCAAGACAAGCACCUUUUGCGUGCUGAUGCAUAUGUCGUACGAACCUUCCGCAAUGGACUCGCAGUGUUUGUGAGCCAGUAUGGACUGGAAGGUCUUAUCACGUUCAAGGGCGAAUGUCAGUAUGAUCCUGAUAAGUACGAAGUCACCAUCCCAGCGAGUCUGUCGUCGCUUGACCACGAUGUGACGUUGGGCAUCUUUGAUCGGUGCAAAGUGGAAAUCGGCAUUGAGAAGGACCGGAACACGAAGCGCGGACGCACCAAGAUGGCCCUGGUUUAG